UCUAUUUUCUUUUUUUCUACAUUGUUGGUAAGUAACUUGGUUGGUAUGUAAGUAUUUCAUUGUUAGUCUACAACUGUUGUUUACGAAGCAUGUUAGAAUUACAAUUUGAUUUGAGGCACAGAUCUAGGAUUCAUUCUCAGUACUAGAUAGAUAGACCCAUAACCUAAAGGUCAUACCCAGCAUAUUUUUAUUAUAUUGUAUGUUGGUCCACCGAUAGAUGGCGCCAUCAUAGAGUCUAUGGACAUUUUCUACCAGAGCAGGACCGUCUUGCUGUCAGAUCCGGAGCUGUUGUUGACUAUAUACAAAUCUGACCAGGAACUCUUGCUGUUAGUUACUUGAUUCAUUGAGUACUUCUGCAGAAGUGAAGGAAUAUCUGGAUGAUCAUGGAUGAAUUCACUCCUUUAGACUGUCUGCUAGCUACAGGCACACAGAAAAUAUGUCUGAUCAUUCUCAACCAGCCUAUGGAAAAAGACUACCUUCAUACACUCUGGAGUAAAGCUCUCCUGCGGGCGUGUGCAGAUGGUGCAGCCAACCACCUGUAUGACAUCACUGCUGGACAACGAGACAGUUUUCUUCCAGACUACAUCAGUGGGGACUUUGAUUCUGUUACUGCAGAGGUCAAAGCUUUCUACACAGAGAAGAAGUGUCAGUUGAUAGAAACCGCUGAUCAGGAGCUGACUGACUUCACUAAAUGUCUGGCCAUCAUGGUGGAGGAGAUCAAGAGACAACAGCUUCAGGUGGAUACUAUAGUGACUCUGGGGGGUCUGGCAGGAAGGUUUGACCAGACCAUGGCUUCAGUAGAGACAUUGUACCACGCCCUCAAUAUGACAGAACUACCUCUGGUGGUUCUACAGGGAUGCAGUCUUGCCUACCUGCUUCGACCGGGCAGGAGACACAGGUUGGGAGUGAAUACAGGACUGGAGGGAAAAUGGUGCAGUCUAAUACCUAUAGGAGGACCAUGCAGAACACACACCACUGGACUCAAAUGGAACCUGGACAACCAGGUACUGCAGUUCGGGAGGCUGGUGAGCACGUCCAACACCUACGAGCCUGUCGCCCAGGGAGACCAGAGGAAGCCUGUAACCGUGACAACGGACCAGCCACUGCUCUGGAGCAUGGGCAUCUGCAGGGACAGGAAAUGACAUCAUCGACCAGGGAUCUCCACCUCCUACCAGAACAGACCAAUGGGGUCAUCUAAAUGGGCUAAUGGCUUCCACUCCUCAACUGAAAAUUCACGCUUCUGCCUAGUUGAAAUACUGAAAAAAUUACUAUUUCCUUCCUUGGUGAAGAAAUCUCUGUACGGUCACAAGAGGAAGCCACUUUAGAAUAUUGAGGUUCACUUCAACGCUAGCCUGGGAAACUCCGUCCUGAUUCCAAACUGGAGACUUGCUCCCUUCCCCUUGAAGACUAACCAUUGCAGAUCUGAGGUUGGGGUCAAAUCCAUACUUCUCAAGGGUGGAUUGUAGGGCGCAAGUCUACGGUUUGGAACCCAGCCCCAAUGUGCCUUCACCGUAGUCUCUUAACGAACAUAGAUACACAUUAUAUACAAGUCAUAAACAUUCAAUGAACAUAUGUCAUACGCAGCUUUUCUUUGAUUUAUUAACACAGCCAAAUACAAACAUUGCAAACAAUGUAAAGAAUCGCAUCCCUUUACUCCCCUCCCACCACCACUAUCCCACAUUGCCCCACUGCCUCAGGUCUCUGGCUAUUGUAGUUCUGUAGUUGUAGUUCUGUAACAUCUCCAGAGGUUCAACCGCAACUGAGAGAGAGAAGAGAAUUCACAUAAACAGGGCCACUGUCACGACUUCCGCCGAGGCUGCCUCUCCUCCUUG